AUGCUGGCAGGUGUGAACGACUCGAUCGAGACUGCGCAUACCCUUGGCAAACUGCUACAGAACCGAUCGGUGCACGUGAACCUCAUCCCGUACAACACGACGGACGUGGGAGCGCAGUUCCAGUCGCCGUCGGCCGAGGACAUCCGUGCUUUUCACGCUGUGCUGCGUGAACCUUACAACCUAAAGGCGACGAUCCGCGAGAACCACGGCACAGACAUUGACGGUGCGUGUGGACAGUUGGCACUGAAGAACAAACCCGAUGGGAGUCGUGACAUCGAAGAUCUUGGUCCUCGAAGAACUAAGGCUCCGCGGAAGACCAAGAAAUCCUCCUCGACGUCGGACAACGCAAGUGUUGACGCUUCUCCUGUCGCUACGUCCACCGGAUCAUGGCUCACCCGUGUCAAUGUCUUCAUCGACGAGUACCAACAGGCUAUCGGCUUUAUCUUGCUCGGAGCAUCGGUCGCUGUGCUUGCCAUCGGGAUUGCCCGUCGCGGGCGGACACACCUAAGUUAA